AUUUAUAAUUUCUUUACAAUGCAGAAAGCUUUGAAGAAGUAUUUUGUGAACAUGGACGAGUACCUAGCCAGCAUUUGUUUAUACCGAAAAAUGAUGGCUCGAGAUGCGUCCUGUCUGUUUCGAGCUGUUUCUGAGCAGCUUUACUACUCUCAGAACUACCAUCAAAAAAUAAGAAAAGACUGCGUCAACUUCAUGAGGGCAAACAGAUGCAACUUCGAACCUUUUGUUGAAGGGUCUUUUGAAAAGUAUUUGGAGCGUUUGGAAGACCCCAAGGAAACUGCAGGGCAAGUGGAGAUCAAAGCCUUGUCUCUGCUGUACAAACGCUGCUUCAUAAUUUACCGGUACCCUGGGAAACCGGCGACCGAAAUCGGCGAGGACAACGUGGCCAAGAUUUUGCUCUGUUGCUCGAACAAUGGUCACUACGACAUUGUUUAUCCAAGGACCUACCCAGUGAAUGCAGCAAUGUGCCAGUCCCUGCUAUAUGAGUUGUUGUACACAUGCGUUCUGGGCGUCGAAGAGGACGACCUGCACGUGGCCCUGGAUGGGUUCCGUGGGUGUGGGCGACGCUACAGGGCCAGCCUUUCUGUGUGCAGUGAGGAUGCAGGCUAUGACACACCUGAGGACAGAGGGUCAAGAGAGGAAUGGGAGCUGAACUGUCAGAGCCGCUCUGAGGAUAAAUCCAGGUUUGGAGUGGAUGACCCAAAGGCUGCUGACGGCCUAGUGAAGCUCACUCUCCCCUACAAGGUGCUGAAAGCCUUGGAUCCCGAGGUGUACCGCAACGUGGAGUUUGACGUGUGGCACGACGGACGCAAAGAACUCCAGAAGACUGAUUAUAUGGUGUUUGCAGGCAGGCAAUACUUCUUGGGAGACAAGUGUCAGGUGCGCCUGGACCCAAAGGGCAAGUAUUACAAUGCCUUCAUCCAGGAAGUAGGGACUCACCCCAGUGCUGUGACUGUAUUUAUCGAGGAGCUGGGGGAGAAGCACUUGGUGUCCUUAACCAAUCUCAAGCCAGUCAAUCCUGUUCCAGCUUGGAACAUCACCCCGAGCAGGAAGGGGAGCUCCUACAGCCAUGCUGAACAGUACCCCGGAGAGCUAGAUGCAGAGCUACGUGGGCGACGCAGGUUCCUGAAAAAGGCUCGUGGAAAAGAGGUGCUGAUGACUGUGUCAUAUGGCAGGCCCCAGCCUGGGCUACCCCCGCGCCUGCAGCCUUGCCCAGGGAACCUGGCCCCCAUGCGUGCCCCCGGGGUGCACGGCCACGCUCCACCCCCAGCAGGCUUGGCCUUUGACCAUUAUCGCCCACACCCUGCCCCCCGGCCGCCACGUGGAUAUGGGCCGCCCAGAAACUCGACACGUUUCCUCAACAGACACCACCUCAUUGGACCAGAGAUGGCUUACUAUCCCAAACGCUGCUACCAGGCCUUCGACAACUACUCAUUCAAAUCGCGCAGGAGCAGGCGUCAGAUGCACUCCAUGAACAAGGAGUGUCAGUUCAGCUUCGUACCUGAGCCUGGCGAAGAAGCCCCAGACAUGGAGGGAACCAUCACCUUCUACGAGAUGGAGGAGGCGGACGAGAAUGCCUUCUCCCCCGUACCAGGCCAGGCAGUGACCAGCGCCAUUGGUCCAGGUGCUGCCCCCUACUGGGUGCCAAGAGGUCCCAGUCCGAUCCCCUCUGGCAAACAGCCUGUGACCUCAUCAGAGGAAGACCCUGAUGAAAGGAGCACCACUGGAGAUCAUGGUGAAUACUCGGAAGAGUUUAUCUUUUCUGCCUCUGAUGCAGGGUUUCAGAGCCCAUCUGUUUAUGCUGCCACAGAGGCCAGCGCCAACCUGACUAUUCAAGAGGGAAGCUCUCGUGCUGGAUCACCACAAGAGGGCGUUGCUACCUACAGUUACUCCCAACAGGUGGUGGUGAAAUCAGCCGUCAUCUCUUCCUCCCAGCCGGUCAGCUCUGCCCCAGCUGCCAUCUUCACCUCUUCCCCUUCCUCCUCAACCGGCAGCUCCCAGAGCCCACCAAAUACCCUGCAGCCUUCCCCCAUGAGCCCCGGACAGCCCCCGCCCCUGCACCCACUGGGCCGGCCCGUUCUGUCCAUGCAGUUUCCCCCAUCUUCCCCGUGGUUUGUGAAUGAGAUGGGGGAGCCAGUGGCUGUCGCCCCUCCUCCGCCAUACUCCUACGACCCCAACGGCAACGACCUGCCUAGAGACUGCAAGAUUCUCCAGUACUUCUUCAACUUGGGAGUGCAGACUUACCAGCAGAGCUACUGGCACUCCAUGGUGCACAUGCAGCAAGUAUCUCAGGCUCCUGUAGGGGACGCACAGUUCCAGUCUUACCAGCCUGCAGCUGCAGCACCCAGCCCAGACCACACGGUGCCCCAGGUCUACCCCGAGCCUGCACGCUCCUGCCCCCACCCUCAGGGCGAGAUGCCCAGCAACGGCACCACACUGGCUAUGGAGCCCCCUACCGCGCCAGCCCCUGGCACCAUCUUCUACCCCCUGGUGCAGGAGCAGUGCAGCCAGCCACCCCUCCACCCUGCCUACGAGCCUUACGUGCCUGUGCUCUCCACCACCUAUCACUACCUCACUCCCUGGAACCCCGGGCCUCUUCCACACACACGCUUGCACACACAUGCUUCCUACUGUCCCUCAUCCCACCCGCAUGUUAACUACAUCACCACCCCAACUCACCCCACCCACUAUGUACCCCCCACUAUGUAA